AAAUGAAUAAGGAGUGACAAGAUUGCGAAAGUAACUAUUUGUCAGGCGCCUGUAAUGAUUCUGUUAUGGGUGUCGGCAGUUUUAGUGCACUUGGCUCUGAUCUUAUACAUAGCGUUACCGUUGAUUGUAGAAAAGUUUCCUGCUUUUUGUCGGCGAUUAGUUUUUAAAACGCAUAGUGGUCCUAGCUUUGGUUCCAGAGUCUAUACACACUUUGAAUCUGUAGACAUCCCUAGUGGGCAUGGCCACAAUUUCUACAUCGCUUCUCUAGAUGACAAAGCUCUCUUAGGAGUAUGGCAUAUUCUUCCAUCGAAUGAUGAAGAAAUUAGUGCUGCCGAUUCACGGAGUUAUGAAGAAAUAAUGAAUUCAUUGCCUAAUGAUUUGCCUGUAUUUAUUUAUUUCCAUGGCAAUUCUAAAUCAAGAGCUAUUCCUUGGAGAGUGAACAUUUAUAAACUAUUGUCAUCUCUUGGCUAUCACGUUUUUUGUUUCGAUUACAGAGGUUAUGGCGAUUCAACUGGGUCAUUAACUGGAGAAAAUGACUGUCUACUGGAUAGUUUAACAGUUGUUCAAUUCGUUUGUAAACGGUUUCCUUCAGCGCCGAUUUUCUUCUGGGGUCAUUCACUUGGUACUGGGGUUGUCGGUUGUCUUAUGGAUCAUUUAAAUAAAGAGCAUGAUUCUUUACCAAAUAUUCGUCUUCCAAAAGGUAUUAUUCUUGAUGCCCCGUUUACAUGCUUAACUGAUGUGAUACAUCACAGAAUAUUUAUGAAGCCUUAUCAAUUAAUGCCAACAUUACAAGAACGAUUCGUAUCGGCUAUGAACAAAGUAAAAUUAUCAUUUAACACACAGUCAAACCUAAUUAAUUGUCCCAUUCCGAUAAUCAUAUUACACGCUGAAGAUGAUGCUGUUGUACCAUUCACUUUAGGAAAAAAGUAACAUCUAUCUUGUGUGAGCCAGAGGUAGUGUUUGCCGUGAACAAACAAUAAACACUCCAUCGUUUGACAACAUUUCAUGAGUGGAAGAGAACUCUUUACACCCUCGAUUUUACUAAGGAAUUUGAGGGAAUUUAAAAUAACUACCACUGGGAAAUCAGGUAAACAUUGUUUCAAGAAUUUGUGAAAUAAAAUCAGUCACUAAAGGAAAACAACGUUUCUGUUGCCAUAUUCAGCUGAAUUUCCAGGGCUAAAUAUUUUGAAAGUAUUGAUAAUUCUCUUUAUCAUAACAGUUCUUUAUUGAUAUUGACUUGAAUCUUUCUGUGUUGAACUAUUAUUUUUAUGAAUAAUAACAAAUAACUGUAGCUCGCUGAAAUUCUUUCAACUAAUGGUACUUCAGUAUUCUUCAAGCCGUACGAAGGCAAACUCGGUUACCGACAUAAUUUUAUUCACACAGCACCAGAUCUUCCGGAUAUUAUUACGUAAGUACUUUAGUGGACGAAAACUCAGGUGGGAACAACCAAUUUAUCAUUUAAUGCAAAAUUACAGAGUUCUUUCGUAAAAUGUGAAUAACCAUACAUUAAAUGCCUCAUUUGCAAAUCUUCCAUAAAUUGUCUCAAACUUCAUCGUUCCUUCAUUAUUAUUACAAUUACUCUCCUUUUACAUCCCCGUUCUCCUCAAUUCUAUCCUCGCAACCUUCUGCUGCCAGACAUUCCACUUUUGAUUGGUGUAAUAUACUACUUAUGUCUGUCAACAUAAGUAGCAUUCACCACAUUACUAGCGGUUUUUACUAUAUUAGGAAUUAAUAUAUUUAACUUGGAACAACUUGAAUUAAGAUAUAGAGUACAGCAUGCCUGAUAUAUGAAAUAACACCAUUUGAUCAGUUCAUUUAACACGUAUCUUAACAGAAUUAAUUUCUUUUGCUGAUAACUGAAGCGUUUAGUUCUCAAAAUGAAGUUGCCUAUAGGUUCAUUGUUAAUAUCAGAAUAAGCCACGCAAUAAACUAAUAAUUUAUACACACAUAAUAUUUUAGUCAAGGAAUAAUGACAGUACUGGAUUUUGCAAGUAAUAUUUGACAGGUAGAAGAAUUUCCAAACAAGUGGAACCGAAAACACCGAUGAUCAAAUCCCUGUCAACUUCCAAAAAAAUACAUGUUAAUGCCAACGUAAAUAUAUUGAUGCAAACUAUAAACAGAAGUAAAGUUUCGGAUUUAAAAUGAUGCAUUUUUCUUAGGUUUGUCAAAUAAAGUUAGGUACGGUCGGUUUUAAUUAUUGAAAGAACUAGUGAGAUAUCUAGUUCAAUUUCCAAAGACAUGUUUCAGAUGAACUAUCAAUAGUUACAGUGAAGUGUUUAAGUAUUUGGAAUUCGGGAAGCCACUUUUUUAGGCGCUUGAUUUGAUAACUUUAAUUUCAUCUUAUCAUAUCCAAUUUCAAAAGAAAAAACGCAGUUAUUGUCCCUUUAGUAUAAUACUCACGCAUCUCCAACUAUGAAAUCGUAUAUAUUGUUUCACAAUAAUCUAGCUAUUUCAUUUAAUUCUCCGUAAUUUUCAUACCUUAUAUAUCAAUCGCACAAUUGAAAAAGCGAAAAUAUUUUUCCUAAAAGGUAGACUGUACACAUUUCGUUCGAACUGCAAUCGAUAAUUACAUGUAAACUUUGGGAAAUUUCGAAUAACCUUUCAAAAUAACUACGGUUUGGGUAAAUCAUGGCAUACAACUUUCCACUAUCCAACAACUACUUUCUACUUGAAUAAUGUUCUCACCAGGUUACAUUAAGAUCCGUCAGGUUUGUUUCAAAAAUUUCGAAAGUCACAUAGUUAAACAUCAAAACUCACAAUGGGAAAGCUUAAAUGAACUCAAGAUUACAUUUCAAACAUCUCCCGAGUCGCAGCUGGAAAGAUUUUUUAUUUAAAUCAUCUGCUUAUGAAGUGUACUAGCGACUGUUUGCUUUUGAAAAACAUUAGCUGAAGUCCCAAACUAAGAGAUUCUAUUCCUCGGAAUAUGAUAUGUCAUAACUGCUCUCUCCCAACUCUUAGGAAUUACUUUAUUUGUUCGUAAUGAGAAGUCUUACUCAACUAAAUUCAUCAACUGUCAUAGAGGAUACACUUUAUAAAUGUUCUGUAACUCAUCGUCAAGCGUAGUUUAUGUGUGAAACUUUGAAAUUUUUGAAAUGUUUUGACUUUACAACACUGCUAGUGUAUCAGUGAAUCACUGAAUAAGUAAUUUUAGGGGUGGAUACAAUGAUAUAGACAGCCGAAUCAAACACUACUGAAUUUGUGAAGUUGAACCAACUCGGUUAAAAAUAUUCGUACAUUUUUGAAAUGCUUUUUAAUUUUCCGCAUUGUUUCUACGUGGAGUAAUGGUUAUAUUGAAAUAUGUUUGACACAAGGCUUAUUACAAUAUAAUAAUAAUGAUUCCAGUUAUCUUUCAAAUGACAACUAUUUAUGUAUUUUAAAGAAAAUAUUUUUCCAAUAGAAUAUUUCUCUCUUUUGCUAAAUAAUCCUUUAAAGAUGUUUUCUUUUAUCUUAUUCCGUAAUAUUAGAUCAUUUGUUCAAUCCACAUUGUCUGGAAGUUUAAAUGCAUUAGAGGAUUUAAUAAUUUGAAUUUGAUGGUGUAAAUUAGAUAACUAAAUAUUGGAAUAUAUUCUAUUUUCAAUAUCUCUGUGCUGCAUACUAGAUAUCAGCUGAUCUGAUUUUAUGACAAAAAUCAUAUUAUUACAUUCUGUCAAAUUAUUACAUCGUUUUACAAUUUGUUUUAGUUGUGUGUUAUUUUUUGUUUUUAAUAAACCUAUUUUUAUUGGCUUAUUUUAUAAGUUUUUUUAUUUUUACUUUCGACUCAACAUUAUAUAUUACAUCAUUAUUUUUUCUGUCUUAAUAUGUCAGAUUGCUUAUUUCUUAUCUCAUUAUAGUUCUAUUUAUUCUUAUUAUGUUUUCAUCAUCCAGGGAAAUUGUGCCGUUAAAGUUAACAUUCAGAAAUGUAUUAUGUGUAAAUUACAUUCAUCCUAAUAUAUAUUGUGUUUUAAAUUUAAAACUAUAAUAUGGACAAUAUAUGAAAAGAUGUUAAAAUGAAUAUAGCCCUAUCUAAAUACAUAUCGUUUUAAUACCAUUGAUUAAUACCUAAUUAAUUGAUUAUCUUUUUUAGUUUUGAGUAGAACUAUUUCAUCUGAAUACUGUAAAUAAGCUGUCAUAAGUGACUUUAUUUAUAUCCGAAAGGCAUCGCUCAACGACUGGUGUCUGAUAAUUUGAAGGUAUUCAAAUGGCAUUAGGACUAAUAUAUGAAAAUAUGCUUGACCAGAUGUUAUUCAGAGGUCAGCUUCUGUGUUGGUUGAUAAGAAAAUUCACUCAGGCGAGAGAACUUUGUUGAAGUCAACUCAAGCAGUUGUUAAGAAUAGUUUCUUACUAAAGCUGUGACUCAGUACUAUUACUUACCUUACAUAUCAUUUUUUCCUUUUGAGUGCUAACUAAUCAUAUUUCUAUUAGCAUAU